CGGCAGCAGGAGAUUGUCACUUCUCUUCUUCAUGAACAGUGCGACUUCAGCGCUGCAGGGAGAGCAACACACACAUGCUCCUUAACCAUGGAGGCUACAGCCAAAUACGACUAUGAAGCUGAAGCUGGCGAUGAACUCAGCUUCAAAAAGGGAGAGCGAUUGAAGAUUCUGCAGACCACCGGAAACUGGUACAAAGCAGAACUCCAUGGAUCAGACGGGUUUGUCCCCAAAAACUUCAUCAACAUUCACCUGCCCAGCUGGUACCAGGAGGACUACAGUCGCAGUGAUGCCGAGGAGAAGCUGAUGCUACAGCCUGUGGGGGCCUUCAUCAUACGGGGAAGCCGAAACGUAACUCAGAGUGACUUCUCCAUCUCUGUCAGACAUGCGGCAGGUGUGCAGCACUUCAAGGUGCUGCGGGACAGCAGAGGGCAGUAUUUCCUGUGGUCCAAAAAGUUCUCUUCUCUCAAUCAACUGGUGGAAUAUUACAAAAACACCUCCAUCUCCAAAGAGGAUCCAGUACUCCUAAACGAGAUGGGACAACAGCAACGAAGACGCUCAGACAGUUUACCGCCUCUCCCCCCUUCUCCAAUCUCCGAAUGCCCACCCACACCUGCCCCACGACAGCACACAGCCUCCUCCAAUGUGCAGGUCAGAGCUCUGUACAGUUUCCACGCUAAAGAGAAGGACGAGUUGGAGUUCAACGCCGGUGACAUCAUCGAGGUCCUGGAGAGCUCGGAACAGGCCUGGUGGAAAGGCCUACUGAGGGGCAAAACAGGCCUGUUCCCAUCCAACUACACCCGACCCAUCUGAGAGGAGCACAUGCAAACACACGCAAUGUUGCAUUGACUUUUUAUCCAAAUGCCUAAUGCUAAUAACCGUAACCUCAACCCUAACGUACAGUAAGUCAGAACCCUGAAACUAGCAGCAGAGGCAUCAGUGUUGUAACAGAGUUAGCUGUCUGGGAUAGAAAUGAAGACUAACUUGUUCAUUAAGUCACACACACACACACACACACGCACCACCAUCCCGCACAAGCACCGCACCGCACACGACACACACCACACACACACACACACAC